AGUGGUUCUCGUGUAGACCAACCUUAAAUUGGCUCGCGAUUUCCCUUGCAGUUUUACUUUUUAAAUUAAGUGCUUUACAGUGAAAACUCUUAAAAAUGCGUGAAAUAGUGCAUUUGCAGGCCGGACAGUGUGGUAACCAGAUCGGUUCAAAGUUUUGGGAGAUAAUAUCUGACGAGCACGGCAUAGACCCCACCGGGCGUUAUCAUGGCGACAGCGAGCUGCAACUGGAGAGGAUCCAGGUUUAUUACAACGAAGCCUCUGAUGGUGUUGCAGGCAGCCGUUUCGUGCCGCGCGCUGUGCUGGUGGACCUGGAGCCUGGUACCAUGGACGCUAUCCGCUCCUCCUCCUACGGGCAACUCUUCAGACCUGACAACUACGUGUUUGGACAGAGUGGCGCUGGUAACAACUGGGCGAAGGGGCACUACACGGAGGGCGCCGAGCUGGUGGAAGCCGUCAUGGACGUCGUGCGCAAGGAGGCGGAGCCCUGCGACUGCUUGCAAGGUUUUCAGCUGACGCACUCCCUGGGCGGCGGCACGGGCUCCGGCCUAGGCACGCUGCUGCUGAGCAAGCUGCGCGAGGAGUACCCCGACCGGAUCGUGAACACCUUCAGUGUGACGCCUUCGCCCAAGGUGUCGGACACGGUGGUGGAGCCGUACAACGCGACGCUGUCGGUGCACCAGCUGGUGGAGAACACGGACGAGACGUUCUGCAUCGACAACGAGGCGCUGUACGACAUCUGCUUCCGCACGCUGCGGCUCGCCUCCCCCACCUACGGGGACCUCAACCAUCUCGUCUCUCUAACAAUGUCCGGGGUGACAACGUGUCUGCGUUUCCCCGGACAACUGAACGCGGACCUGCGCAAGUUGGCCGUCAACAUGGUGCCCUUCCCGAGACUGCACUUCUUUAUGCCCGGGUUCGCUCCACUGACAGCCCGCAACAGCCAGGGCUACCGAGCACUUACGGUUGCUGAGCUGACUCAACAGAUGUUCAGUCCAGUGAACAUGAUGGCGGCGUGCGACCCGCGCCGCGGCCGCUACCUCACCGUGGCCGCCAUCUUCCGCGGCCGCAUGUCCAUGAAGGAGGUGGACGAGCAGAUGCUCACUGUGCAGGACAAGAACUCCAGCUACUUCGUGGAGUGGAUCCCCAACAACGUGAAGGUGGCGGUGUGCGACGUGCCCCCGCGCGGGCUCAAGAUGGCGGCCACGUUCGUGGGCAACACCACCGCCAUACAGGAGAUCUUCAAGCGCAUCUCCGAGCAGUUCACGCUCAUGUUCAGGAGGAAGGCCUUCUUGCAUUGGUACACCGGCGAAGGGAUGGACGAGAUGGAGUUCACAGAGGCCGAGAGCAACAUGAACGACUUGGUGUCCGAGUACCAGCAGUACGAGGAGGUAGGCGUCGACGACGAGUUUGAUGAACAGGAGGAAGUACCCGGGGAGGAAUAUCCUGAGGAAUAGUACUUUUGGGAGAAGAUGCAUAAGUUUAGCUUGUAGUUCUUAGUCUAUGUUGACUCAAAAAUGCCAGAACCCAAGGCUUCUGUGAGAUUUAAUGACUACUAUUAAUAUCAAAAAACUAACAAAGGUUGCAAAAAUACUAAAUUGCAAUGUCUGAACAAAAAUUAAAUCUAGGUAUAGUUUUAUAACAAAAAAUUCAGAUAAUCUAAUUAAUCAUAUACCAAAUGGUCGUUAUCAACCCAUAUACGGCUCACUGCUGAGAUCGAGUCUCCUCUCAGAAUGAGAGGGGUUAGGCCAAUAGUCCACCACGCUGGCACAAUGCGGAUUGGCAGACUUCACACACACAGAGAAUUAAGAAAUUCUCAGGUAUGCAGGUUUGAGACACGUGAUAUUUAAUUUAUUAAAAUGCACACAACUGGAAAGUUGGAGGAGCAUGCCCCAGGCCGGAUUCGAUAUGACUUUUGUGUCCAAUGGACCGAUUAGUAUAAUACAUAAUUAUAAUUAUUAUAGACUGCUACUAACAAAAUCUAUACCUUAUCUUAAUUAUCUACUCGAAUGCAAAGACCGUAAGUAUAAGGUAAUUGUUUAUGGUAACAUCUGGAGCUACUGAACCGAUUUUGGAAAUUCUUUUACCACUAGCAAGUCACUUUAUUUCUGAGUGUCAUAGGCUAUAUUUUAUCCCCAUACUCUCAUACAAACGGUAACUACACAGGUGAUACUGGUACCAGUGAUAAUCUAAAAUAAAGUAAACACAAUCUUGGUAAUGUACCUAAGAUUACCAUUUUUUGUACUACUAUUAUAUUUGUUUCAAUAAUAUAUGAUUUUAUAUAAAUACUGUUACAUAAAAUUAGAAAUAUAAUAUAUAUGCAUACCUAUCAAAUCAUAUUCAAGGAUUUCUAAUAUUUUAUAGACAUAAUUCACUGUGUAAACUAUUUGUGAAUGUAGAAUAUCUGUAUAUAAAUAUUUUUUAAAUUAUUAAUUGUAUAUUAUAAGAAUAACCUAUUUUAAAUACACUACCAACUUAUAUACACCACAGUUCAUGUACAUAUUUGUUAAAAAAAUAAAACAU